AAUUGUCGUAUUCUAACCAAUUUUAGUUGGUUGUGUUCUCACUUCUCAGUUCUGAAUUGUGUUGUGUCUUUUGUUUCGAGACACCAGAGAAUGAGGCCUCAGAUCAUACUCUUUGGUGAUUCAAUCACUGAACAGUCCUUCAGACCUGGUGGAUGGGGAGCUGCUCUUGCUGAUACUUACUCUCGCAAGGCUGAUGUAUUAGUUCGUGGAUAUGGUGGAUACAACACCAGAUGGGCUUUGUUUUUGUUGCAUCAUCUUUUCCCACUGAAAAUUGAAAAGCCUCCUGCUGCUGUCACUAUUUUCUUCGGUGCGAAUGAUGCGGCUAUCUUAGGGAGGACAAGUGAAAGGCAACAUGUUCCAAUUGAUGAGUAUAAGGAGAAUCUCAGAAAAAUUGUUCUUCAUUUGAAGGAAUGCUCUCCCACUGUGUUGAUUGUGCUUAUUACUCCACCUCCUAUUGAUGAGGAAGGACGAGAUAACUUUGCGAGAUCUUUAUAUGGCGAGAACGCUAGGAAAUUACCUGAGAGGACAAAUGAAGUAACAGGAGUCUAUGCAAAGCAGUGCGUUGAACUAUCUAAGGAAAUGGGACUCCGCUCCAUUGAUCUAUGGACCAAGAUGCAGGAAACAGAAGGUUGGCAGAAGAAAUUCCUAAGUGAUGGUUUACACCUGACACCAGAUGGCAAUGCUGUGGUACACCAAGAAGUCACCCGAGUUUUCAGCGAAGCCUGGUUUUCUCCUGUGGAAAUGCCAUUCGAUUUCCCUCACCACUCACAAAUUGAUGGGAAGAACCUCGAGAAAAUUUUCCAGGAUAGAUGCUUGUAACCUGACAUUUUCUUGUAACCUUACAUAUCAUUAGAGCAUUUCUUUAUUAAGUUUGGCCAAAUUAUUAGCUCUAUUGUUUUUUCUUCCAUAAGGGUGCAGGCUCUUGGUGAUUAUGCCCCAAGUCACCAACUUAUGGUUAUGAUUCCAUAUUGGAGUAAUGUUAGAGACAUCUAUAUUUACACCUAAAAAUUGCACACAAAUGAAGUUUCCCAGAACUUUUAACAACUUUAGUAAAUUUUGAGUCUACUAUUAUUUUGGA